UUUAUGUAUUUUAGGUAUUUUAGGUAUUUUUAGUUUUAGAGAUGAGAUAGAGGGUUUUGGAGAGAGGAUAAGCUUAUGGAAUCUAAUUUUGAUGUCUUUUGAGUAUAAUUAAGUGAAAAUUCGAGAGGAAUGGAUUAAUUGAGAGUAUAGAUGGAAGAGGCUCACCCUUCAUGGGAUGAAUAUGAAAAAGUAGAGAAUCUUGGAAGAGGAAGUUUUGGAACAGUAUACAAAGUUAGAAAUAAAAACACAAACAAAUACUAUGUGAUUAAAGAAGUAGAUACAACAGCUAUGACAACACAGCAGUCAUUCGAUGCUUUUGAGGAGAUAUCAGUACAAGCUACUAUAGAUUCUCCCUAUGUGGUGACAUACCAUGACUCCUUCAUUGAGGGGAACUCUAUAAACAUAGUUAUGGAGUACUGCAAGCAUGGAGAUCUCUGUAAUUACCUUAUAAAGCUCAAGGAGUAUGUCAGCGAGAAUGUUGCCUGGAAAUUCUUCAUUCAAAUUUGUCUGGGGAUUUACUCCCUGCAUUCAAAAUAAUGUACUUCACCGUGAUUUAAAAACUUUGAAUAUUUUCCUCACAAUGGACAACUCAGUCAGAAUCGGAGACCUUGGAGUGGCCACUGUUUUGAACCCCAACGGAGGUUUCUUAGUCAAGAAGGUUGGAACUCCCUAUUACCUGUCUCCUGAAGUGUGAGAAGACAAACCUUAUAACCAUAAAUGCGAUAUUUGGUCGCUUGGUUGAAUUCUUUACGAAAUCUGUGCUCUAAAGCACCCAUUUGAAGCAAAAACCCAAGCUGAACUUAUGGUAAAAAUUAUUAAAGGAAAAUACAAAAGGAUUCCCAAGAAGUUCUCUAGACAUCUAUCGGAUAUGGUUCAUUGGCUUCUAACAAAGAAUUGUAAUAGAAGACCAUCUAUUAAAGAAAUUAUUUUACAUCCAUUUUUCCAGAAGAAGGCGGUUCAGCUAAGAAUUGCAUUACCUCUUAGACCCAAGGAAGUACUUGUACCUGGACGUGGUCUCAAAGUCACAGGAGGCGCUUUUGAUAAUGAAGACUUUAAAAUGACAUCUGACUCUAAAUUAGAUAAUUCUAAAAGGACUAUUAGAGGAAGUGAUCUUACAAAGAAGUACAAUAACGUAAAGAGCAAGGUGAACAAUCUUCCACCUAAAACUAGAUCUGAAAUUCAAGAUAUCAAGUCUACCCAUGCGUCAAGCCCAGAAGGUCCAUUCAAGCUUUCUGAUGAGAAGAAAGAAAUCAAACUCUCAAAAGUAAAAUCCCGGAAAUAAUCUAAACGAGUCUAAAGAGGAAGAGCCCAAAAUAGUUUCAAGCAAGACCAAACCGGCGAGGGCCAUCCGAUCUACAAUCAACGAUGUUUUUGUCUCCGGAAUCGUUCAGAAGGAAAAACAAGAAAUGAGAAAGAUUGCACUCCAGAAAAGAAAGCAAUAUGGCAAGAUGAUACAGAAACAAGUCCUUAGGAUGUAUAAAAAGAAGAAUCAAGAUGAUGACUCUGGCCAGAAGCAAAGGUUUUCACAAUGUAGUAAAAGUAGCCAGAAAACUCCUGAAGACGUCCUUAAGAAAAAGAGAGAAGUUAAUGAUAGCAAAGAAUUCGUCAAACCAGCGAGAAAUAACAAAAGAUCUGUCUCUGUAUACAACCAUCCAGUCAGAUUCGAAAAAUAUGGAGGAAAUCUUAAAAGUAGCAAGGAUUUUGAAGGCAAGUCAAGACCGAAUGUAGAGAUUAUUACCCCUAAAAGCAACACAAGAUUUCGAGAUCGAAGUAGUAGGUCAAACAUCAGAUCAGGGCUCAAUGCAAGAAAAUCCAAAAAUAUUUCUAAAACCAAAGAAGAGCUCAAAUCAGACAGAAAACAAACAAGUCAAAAGAAGCGAAGAAAUGAUAUUUAUAGUAGAAAUAAGCUUCCUGAAAGAAGAAAUACGACUGCUGCAAAUCUCAACAUAAAGCAAGGUCAGAUGCUUCUCAAAGGGAAGGUUAAAUCAGGCAAACAAGGGACAAGGCUUGACAAAAACCGGCCAAGAUCUACCAACUUUGGACCCAAGAGACUUAAGCCAUCUAAAAUGAAAGAGAAUAAGAAGAAUUCAACACCAAGCGAGGUUGAACAAAGACAUGACCCAUACUCUACAGUGACGGCUACGGAAUCGAAGAACUUCUUCGAUGAAGUAAUCGAUGAUGCAGGUGACCUGGACAUGAUGCUUCAUGAACUGCCUAACAUUGAAGAAGAAGGGGACCAUUUAGAUGACCCGGAGGAAGAUGAAGAAUUCGAAAUCAGAAAAGAACUCCAAGCAAUGAAAGCAAAGGAAUUAAGAAUCGACCUUAAAACAGAGUCUAAGAUAAUCAACCAGAGCGAUGAUGAAGAGGGCUUAUGAGAAGUAGGGGACGAAACUCCUAAUGGGUUUCAUAACUCUAUCCCAAAAGCUUCGAUGAAAACUCGGACUAUUGGAGAUAUCACAACCAAAAAUAACCCAAAGAGAAUGCUUUCACCAAUUCGAGAGAAUGACUGUCUGAAUGAUUCUCAUGAAUAUGUUUACAAAAACAAUAUCAAAAUUAACUCUGAUGAUAAAUUCCUAGCCAAGUCAUACCAGAAUGAGAAAGACUGGCAAAAGUUGCAGGAGUUAGAAAAGAAUCAGCAAAACGAAGAAAGUUCAUGAGUGGUGAAACUGAAAUCCCGAAACCAAACAAAGAUUACAUCCAAGACAUUUAAAAUGAAAUCUCACAUUCUUCUGCCCUCCAAGCUCUUGUCUAGGAAGGAGGAACAAAAGAAGGAGAAUAUCCGUCUUUCUGAAGGGGUCAACACUCGAGAGACUCAGAAACCAGAGAAAGGAGACUUUACGCCUCCCUUCGAGAUCUCUAAGGAGAGAUCUGACAAUUCGUUGGAGUUCUCCAAAGCUAUUGAAGAUUUCAACAAGGAUCUCAUCGAGAAUGAGCAAGAAAAUGAGAACAAUGGAUUUGACCAAAACAUUCGCUUUCUUACAGAAAGUGAUCUUUCAGUUGAUAGAAGGGAUAUCAAACAUAGCAUGAACUCCUUGAUAGAGGAGGACGAUCUUCUCCUUGAUACUGAUAUUUAUAGAGCGAGAAAUCGGUCAAAUUAUAGCAUUGGAGAUGAUCUAAGACAUAGUCAUGAAAGAUCUGAAGUGUCAGACACAACUAAAAAUAUUAAUGCAAGCUUUGACGGUGACCAAACCAACAGAAGAGAAGAGAUCGAAGCUUCAAUAGAGUCACUUGAACUUAAAGCUAUUAGCUUAUUAAAUGAUGAGAACAAGCUCAAACUCUGAGAAAAGAAAAUGAAAGAAUUCUUUGAAAAAUGCAUGGAAGAUGAAGGCACAAGUGAUGAAGAGCUAAAAAUGUAUAUCCAAGACAUUAUGAAGCCUAAUGAGAGUCAGACGCCAGCAGUUGGGGAUCUCACAUCAUUCGAGAAAAUUAAUGAACUCAUUAAUAUCUUGAGCAAAAUCCAAUACCAACAGCAUGAGUUGAGCAACUUCUAAUUUUUCAGCAUUUUACAUCACGAAUUAAUCAUAUAAUU